UCAGCUGCUGUGUUGGGUGGAGUCCUGUGCGCUUAACGCUCCACGGGAACAGGAGACCUGCCACAUUACGCACGGGGAGUUCGCCAAGCACGCCUGUUCCGCGAGGACUGGAGGGAAGAGAACUUACAGAACAAAGCUAACGAUUUCAUGUUUUUGUUUACGAAAAUGAAGAGUUUGUUACUCCAUCCCUGUAUACAGAGUGGAGUUUUAGGACAUUUUUGAUAUUUGUCUCUGUAGCCUAUGGUCAUUUUAAGAUUAUUUUAAAAGACUGUGUUUGAGGAGAUUAAAAGAUUAUUCAGAGUGAGAGCAGACGCGUUCCCGGACUUUAUCUCCGAGGACUGCUCGGAGACCACUGACCCCUCAUGAGAUACCCACAAGUCACCUGGCAUUUGACCCGAUAACCAUGGACGUCCGAGUGCAGGCCAAUCCUAACCUCCAUUUCGGGGUCAACGGGGGUCAUGAUGGCGCUAAUAGAAACUCCUGCAGUAGACCAUUUGAGGAUAACGCGCUUCAGUUCUUAAGCCAGGAGGAGCAGGAUUGUAUCCUGUUCUUUGAGGAGACCAUUGACUCCCUUCUGACUGCCCCAGUAGUAGAUGAGCUUGAUGGACCAGGACCCCCCAUCCUGGCAUCUGCCCCCAGCACCGUACCACCCUGCUCAGCCUUGGACAGACCCACCAGCACCAAGGACCAGGACAUCAUAGACCUGGUUCGCCCAGCACAGCCUGGUCUAGUCCACCCCAUACAGGCACUGUUCAAGUCCUCCAUGCCAGAUUUCACCCAGAAUAUGGUGAUGAACAACCCUGAGAGGCAUUUUGAUAACAAACCGAGGCGCGAGGUGAUGGAAAACUUCCCUACAGAGUGCAACCUGUCCCUUCCUGGAAAAGACAAUGCCCCCUAUGGCCACGCCCUGUACCAGCCUGUAGGCUCCGUCCCCACCCCCGUCGUCAUCGCCCAGAAGAUCGCCGAGAACCAGGGGAGCGGGGGGAACACCAACAUCCUCUCCUCCUCCCUCCUGUCCAACCACCGUAGGAACCUUGAUUUGGAGAACAUAGAGAGACCACCCACCUCCCCAGAUUAUCCAAUCAAACAGGGUCCGAACACCUCAGCCAAGCCCAACCAUUACCCCGUCAACAUCAACAUGAUAAUGGGCAGCAACCAGCACCACAGCGAUUCGCUGGCCAGUGUGAACCUCCAGGACAAGAAGUCUCAGAUGCUGGCUAACCUAUCAGGGACGUCCCACCCUUUGGAGGCAGAGAAACUCCAUGGGCUGCAGAAUGUCCAGGUAAAACUUCCCACCCGCAGUGUGUCUUUCAGGGAUCCCACUCCAAAUAAGUCCCGGAUGGAGGCACUGUCCAAACUGGGCUUGAGCCGAAACCGCUCCCCGUCAGGGGAUUUCUCUCUUAUAAUCACCCCCAAGAGCAGCACAAACGCCAAACCCGCUGCUGCCCCGAUUCCGGUUGCCACUCAUACACCCGUUCCUACACCAACACUAACACCCAUGAGUAAACCAGGCGUGGCCAGACAGGCAAGCCCCUUGCCACCAGUAACAGUCAACACCAACAGCUCUCACGCCAGUAUCCAUGACAACAUGCCUGCUUCUCCCCCGCCCGAAGUCUCGUCCAAGGACUUUAACAGCUACGGCGGGAAGACCAUCGUGGUGAACCCCUCUAAGGCUGCUGCUGCUGCUCCCUCCACCAGCAGCCAUGGCAGUAAGGCCCACCCAGUGACCUCUCACAGUGACUUCAACCCUUACGGGGGUAAGACUAAGGUAAUGAAACCUGCUCCUGUUACCACAACCAGGCCUGAUCCACCACAACCAGACAUCCAGAGCAGGGCCAUACCUCCCCCAGCAUCCACCUCCACCAGAGUGAUACCUACCCCAGCCUCCAACUUCACCCCAGCCAGAGUGAUGCCUCCCCCUGUCUCCACCCCCACCCCAGCCAGAGUGAUGCCUCACCCAGCUUUCAACUCCACCCCAGCCAAAAGGAUGCCUCCACCAACCUCCAUCCCAACCAAAGUAGAAACCAUUCCCUACGAGGUCAACAGCUACGGGGGGAAGACCAGAAUGGUCACCCCAUCCCACACCACCCCCUCCCCCAUUACCACCCCUGACAUCCUCGCACACACUCUAGUGAGGUCCCCCAGCAAAGCUUCAUCCCCAGUGCCUUCUCAAGCCCACAGACCUUUCUGCUACAGCACUCCCCCUAGCUCCAACAGGGUGGUGGCGUCUCCCCCGGAGCCCCGGCCGAAGUCCGCCAUCUCCAAGCCGUCCUUCCGCUCCCAAGGGAUCACUGUGCAGUUCUCCGGACGGGGAGUGUCGGAUGAGUCGCGCAGGGAUGCGCUGCGGAAACUGGGACUGCUGAAAGACACUUUCUAACUCUGGGAUCGCCACCUCUGUCUUCAUUCUUUCAUUGUCUCCUCUGCAUAACCUCCACUCAGAUUCCAGGUGGACAGGCGCAACUAAUGUCUGAGAUGUUUUUUUUCUGAAAGGAUGUGAGGUGUGGCAGGAGAGGAUACCUACAUUACUGUGGAAUGAAACAGGUUCCUGGUUGAAACCCGGCACACCAGGUUCUGAGCCAAUGAAUGCUGACAAACGAGUCCGACGCGUCACAUGGCCUAGUUGACAAAUGACAAAAAACGCGUACGUUUUUCUUUUCUUCAAAUACACACACGCGCAUGUCAAACACAUACGUGCACAUGCACUCAUACCCACAAAUACAUUCACCCAACAACUCCCACACUCCCACGGAGCUGUUGUAUGCAUCAAAGCUCCGUCUCUUUAUUGUGCUCUAUUUAACUGUAAUCCUACUCAGUGUUUUACAUUGCCUCUGAACCAAGACAUGGUUUUUCCGCUACAUCACAGUCGACAUGUACCUCCUAUUUUUUUCUCUGGGCCAAAACAGACAAAAAACAGACCUGUGCAAAAGGGGAACGCAGACAGCUGAAUGUCUUUGGCAUUGGCACAUUUGGCAGAGACAGACGUUGUACUCCCUUCACCUCCCUCUGAUGUCACAUACUCAGCUACCAGUGAGAAUCCUUUCAUACUCUCACUCUCCAAAGAUGGAUUUAUAUACCCCCCCAAAAAAAAAAAAAAUCUACAUUUACUUUGUAUGACACUAUAUUGAUUACUGAUCGGUUUGAGGCUGGUACUGCUGGUACUGAUAAAGUGAACUUGAAUCAUUAUGAACUGACAUUGAAGUCACCUGAGAACUGAAGAGCCUCACAGCAUGUUAUUUUGUUAACCGAUAUGAGCAUUGUUGUUGUGAUGUAUCUCACCAUACACUUCUUAUGAGCAUGAACAAGGACAUGGCUUAUUUCCUGGUAGAAUGAGGUUGAAUUAGAAUGUACCUAUAUUCCCUGUGAGGACGGUAACCAUCCUACUCAUGCAUAUUGAUUAUUAUUGAUUAUAUAGGUAUUUAUGCACCCAUUGAUUCCCACUGCUGCCUUAUGGUAUGUUGAAGACAGGUCACUCGGAAGGGGCUACAUUCCUUCAGGUAAGAGCAAAGCUUAUAAACGUAACGAUUGAUUGACAUAGCAAGCAAACUAAGCAGCAAUUAAAAUAGUUUACAUUCAUUUACCUCAUAUGCUCAGCUCUAAGGAUAUAACAUUAUUGGAAGUUCUGAAGUGACCCAGAAGUCACAGAAAAUAACCCAGGCUUGAGUUUUUAGGAAAGGAGUGAUAUGUCACUACACCGCUGGCUAAAGGGUAUUUUUUUACUCCAUGGACGUGCCUCCCACACAAAACCACUGAAUGUGGUUUGAAAAGUAGACUUUUACUACUUUGAGGGUGGAGAAAUGUACUUAGUGAGGACUGGCAAGGGCUUGUAAUGCCCAAAACACAAACACCGAAGCCACAGAAUCCAGAAAUACUCACAAGGACCAUUUUCUUUUGUUCAUGUAUGCUGCACUUGCAUUUGCAAUAUGUAAUUGAACUGUCAUCAUAACUGAUGCCUCUUGUUUCUCUCUGGACUGCAGCUAUAUUGGUACAUAACCCUGUGUGUGUGCGUGUGUGUGCGUGUGUGUGCGUGCGUGCGUGCGUGCGUGCGUGCGUGCGUGCGUGUGUGUGUGUGUGUGUGUGUGUGUGUGUGUGUGUGUGUGUGUGUGUGUGUGUGUGUGCGAGUGUGUGUAUGUGUGCUAGUGUGUGUAUGUGUGCUCGGGUGUGUCUGUGUGAAACAUGUUUGUCCAUUUUAAAGUUUUAUUUGAUGAAAAAAGUCAGACUCCGGUUUUGUAGUUCAUCUACAGUAACUCAUGAAGGAUCCUGUGUUACACCAUGCACACAUUAUUGUGGUUGUGUGAGUGAAACAUAUUUAACUAUUAAUAUCUUGACUCCGGUUUUGUAGUAUAUCUACAGUAACUCUUGAAGUAUCUAAUACACACAAACACACACUGGGGGAAAUAUACCUGUAGUUUGCAGACCCAGAGCGAGAAACAAAAAAGCCUCACGGACAACAACUUUAUUUGACAUUCAAUUAACAUUUACAAUUUGUCAACUUAAGUUGCUGGUAUGGUACAACAGCGCCUUCAUAUUUUUUGCUCAUUGUCAUAUUGUACACAACGUUUAAUGUACAUCUGUGUCACUUAAUAAAGAGAGUAAUAUACAUGA